UUCUCGAUUACAAACAUCUGAAGUUCAUAGACAGACCUGUUCUUUCCGUCAUCUUCAUAAUCAUUUGUGCUACAGUUCUUGCAGGGUGUAAGAACGAACCAGUAAUAAAACUUUUAAUUCGAUAAUUUUUUACUUUAUUAAAAUAAAUAGCCAUGUAUAUAAUUAAAACUUCUGUUAUGUUGUCACGCAGUGCGAAUUACAAUGGCUCGAGUUAUGGACUUUGUAGGAAAGUUGUUAAAAACUUAUGAUACACUUACUUUACGAAACUUUUGAGAACGCAAAUGUAUUUUCAGUCCGUUUCACAAAUUCUGUUCAAUGUGCGUGUGAAAUUCGAUAGCAUCAGAUACUUAACUUCAUUUUUCACCUGACAUCUGAACAACAAUUCAUUAAUGUGGCCGUGUCGAGAUACUAACAUCGUCUGAAACAAAACACUGAUAUGUAAUUACAAAUAUUAAUGGAUAUUUCGUAUUUUACGUACCACUUUUAUGAACAGCAAACGGAAACUAUUAUAAAGUUUUGUAACGAGACGUAGUAAAAUCAUUAUGGUGAAAUUAACCACAGUUAUUUCAGGCCUAUUGACCAUUAUAGUAUUUACUGUGUUCAGUGUUGCGUUUGCAGCCACUCUCGGACAACCUGAUGAAAGCUAUUACCAUGUACUUAGGGAUACCGAAGAAAGAUUAGGAAGUGUUAUACGACAUGGUCGUUCAAGAAGUCACUUUUUGCGCUAUGGUAGAAGAAGUGGUUCAAAUCCAAUUUUUGAAAGUUAUGAUAUAUUAAAUAAUGACGAAAAUAAAAAUUCUAUCAUGAAAUCUUCUGCAAUUGAUGAUGAUCCAACAAUUAAAAUUCACUAUGAAAGUACUACGGUUGCAGAUGAACUUGAAGGGCUAGAUUUAACGUCAUCGUCAUCAUCAUUGGGUACUACAGUGCCUAUAAAGCAGGAAACAAAAUACUCUGUAUUACCGACUUUCCCACAAUCUACGACAUCGUUUCUCUAUGUAAUUACACAAUCAACAAAAGGGAACGUUUUAAAGACCACAGCAACCUCUGCGCCGGUGAAGGAAGAGAAGUCUGCUUCAUCAGUAAAUAUAUUUUCUUUAGGCGCUAAUUCCAGUGAUUUAUCUCAGAACGUAGAGAACAGACUGAGAUCUACAGCUGAUUUUACUAGUCCCAGACGUGAACAUUAUUUUGAAGGCGACGAAAAUAACAAUCAUGAACAUAACAAUAAUGGGUCUCCUACAAAUCCCAAAGACGAGUUGGGGGCUCUGUAUUACGACGAAGAAGAUUUGGGCUUGGGAACAGAAGGUAUAGACAGUGAUAUCGGUGUUGUUGACGAUUUGGGGAGGGUGAGUGACACCGCGGAUCCAAAGCGCGGGAUGGUGGACGUCGUCACUCGGUUCCUCACGAUCGUCGAGUCUCAGCAUCUUCUUGGAGAGAACUGUACCGCAGGAACAGAUCUCAAUCUUGGUGAAGGUGUUGUUGAUCAGUACGCCCAGGAAAGGUUCCGGGUUGAGGCUGACGUGGCCGUGAACCGCGCCAACAUGUUGACGAGACUCUGGAAAUACGCAGACACGGAGGUGAUGAGCUCUGAGUACCUGCUUCACGCCUCAGUGUUUUCAAUGGUUGAGUUUGACGAAGACAUUUUCGCUGCUGGAAACUGCUACGACCAGUUCCAGUACAAGGACUACUGGCUUUUCUGUCCGUACGCCUACAGACUCCCCGAGGGACCGAUACUCGUGAAGGACUUGGCGGUUGAGUACAAGUAUCUGAGUAACACGUCCGAGUGGUUCUACAUCGCCAGGAAACACGCUGAGAACGUCAUCAGGAACUAUAGCCAGUUCAGCCGUGGGUACAACACCUACACUUACAAUGAGACUGCCCACACGGAACGGGUCGCUGACGAGAUCCUGAGUGUGAGGUACGAGGACGGCAAGUGGAGUAAGCCGUACUACGACUGCGGCGGAGGCAACAUAUGGAUGCUGACCUACACAGUUCCCUUCUUCGGUUUCCACAACGACACUUACUUCUUCAAAGGGACGAGUGGUAUUGAUAUUGACUUGCGCAGGGUGGACAUCGACCAGUGUCCCCUGCCUCCUGACAGUACGCAGCUCAACAUUUUUGCGGCCUCUGACAAGUGCAAGAAACGCACCACUCAGUGUGUGCCGAUCCCCGGCCUAGGGUUUCGGCGCGGCAGCUACAAAUGUGUGUGCCGCCGUGGAUUCUAUUUCCCUGAUGUGAGGGCCGUGCAUCGAUAUUACAAUGGCACAGUGCUGGAGGAGGAAUACGAGAAAUUGUUGAUGGAAGUAGACAACCAGUACAGCGAGGCAGGUAUGUUUGAGUGCCUGCAGUGCGCCGAGGGUUGCGAAUCGUGCGAAGACGACCGUCCCUGUGUCGUGUCCCUGAACUGGGUGAUGCGCACCGCGAUUCUCGUCUUGUCCUGCGUCAUCAUUUGCUGUCUUCCGGUUGUUGUCCUGUUCACCUGGAGGUACGGCAGCGUCAAGGUGGUGAGAGCAGCUAGUCCCGUCCUGCUGAGAGUCAUUACACUGGGAGCCUUCUUUAUCUACUGCACGGUGAUAGUAAUGUACCCGCGACCCAACAUCUACACGUGCACAGUUCGUGUCUGGCUGAGAGAAAUUGGUUUCUCGCUCACCUACGGAGCCCUUAUGCUGAAGACAUGGAGGAUUUCCGUGAUUUUCCGAGUGAGGUCAGCCAAAGCUGUGAAAAUCACAGAUCUGGACCUUCUGAAGAGACUUGGAGUGAUCGUCACCAUUUUCAGCGUGUUCCUGGUGAUACGAACGCUUGUAGCGCCACCGCUUGUGAUCGUGGGGAGAACAGCUGACGAUCUGAAAGCGUUUCUUUGCCGCACAGACUGGUGGGAUCAUUCCUUCACCACACUGGAAGUGAUGUUUCUCGUAUGGGGAAUUCGCCUGUGCAUCGUAGUUCGCAAGGCCCCUUCUGAGUUCAACGAGAGUCGUUUCAUCUCCAUGGCAAUCUACAACGAAUUCUUACUCUCGGUGUUCCUCAAUGUUUCCAUGUUGUUCUUGCAGAAGCCUGCCAACCCCGACUUGCUGUACAUCAUAUUCUUCUGCCACACCCAGCUGACCGUCACACUUCUGUUGUGCCUCAUCUUUGGCAGCAAGGCCUAUAUGGUAUUCAAGGGCCAUGGCAAAUCUGAGGAGAGUUCAAGUGCCAUCCCUAAACCUCAAGCAGCAAAGUUUCUGUCAAAGCCCAGGUCAGGCAACUCUCAGUGUGCCAUUUCUACCAACUCAUCUACAAAUACGCCAGACUAA